CGUCCGUCCAGUGCGGCCUUCCCCCCGCAUCCCCGGCUUGUCCCUGGUGGGGAGCCGAGCCUUUACCCCCGCAGCUCCCCACUGAUCCCCCGUGGCCACCUUGCGUGAUGGUCCCUCGCCUCCCCGGGCACCGUGCACCCUGCCACGGCAGUGCCCUGCCGGCAUGAGGAGCCCUAGUCCCUCUAUAGCUCCAUGGGGAUCUCUGAGCAGGAAAUCUCCAUGAAGACCUAUGUGCUUGGCCGUGCUUUGGGCUGUUCGCUAUGGGCAGGCACAGCGGCCAUGUCUCCCUUGGAGAUCCACCUCGCCCGCUGCUAGUUCUACCCACCACCACCCUGUACUGCUUCAUGUCAGGGAGCAGGGCCGUGCAUUUUGGAAGAAAUCUGUGUAUGUUGAACCAUCUAGGAGAGUUAAGGAACUACUCGAAGAAGAGCUUUAUAUUCGGAAAGAAGCAUGCUAUGUUAAACAUCCAGUGGCAGAGGCUUUGGAAGGAAUUUGGAACAUGAAAAAGAAUUUCUCCAUUGGAAGCCUGAAUCCAGUGCCACAGAACAGAAACAGUCUACUUUUACAGCCUCAAUUCUACUCAAGACAUACAGGAAUGAAAAAUGACUGAACUUUAGUGCUGUGAAGACCUGACCCUGUGUGUCAAAUCAAACAUCAAAAUGACUAGCUGCCUUUGGAAGUGUAGAUCUCUAUUUUUAAGAUUUUGAAGAAAGUUCUGCUUGGAAAGGGAGGUAUUUUUUCUUUGUUAUUGUUUUAUUCGUAUCUUCACACUGUUUUAAUAUGAUAUUGUAGUGGCCAAAUGUCAUCCAUAUUUCAGCCAGUGAUGAAGAUGUCACAACAAAAUGUUCUUACUGCUGUAAAACUGAAAGUUUUCAUUGGCUUCUCUGUUGCAAAGUCAUUGUAAGUUCCAGCAGAAAAUUGUAAUGUCAUUGAAGAGAUGCCUUAAAGUGCCUUAUGCUGAGUCCAUUCAUUAAACUGAGCAGUUUGGAAGCCAA